CAGAAAUGGUAGUAUUAAUAUUAAAAUAUGUGUCUUAGAACUAUAUAUUAUUAAAAAAAAUGAAUACUCCUAUGUGUGCAUCGUUGGGAGUUAGGAAAGGUUCAUGGACUGAACAAGAAGAUUUUCUUUUAAGAAAAUGCAUUCAAAUAUACGGUGAAGGAAAGUGGCAUCUUGUUCCUGCUAGGGCUGGUUUAAAUCGAUGUCGAAAGAGUUGCAGACUAAGGUGGCUAAAUUAUCUAAGGCCACAUAUCAAGAGAGGUGACUUUGCUCCAGAUGAAGUGGAUCUCAUCUUGAGACUUCAUAAACUCUUAGGCAAUAGGUGGUCACUUAUUGCUGGUAGACUUCCAGGAAGGACAGCAAACGAUGUGAAGAACUAUUGGAACACUCACUUUCAAAAGAAGUUAAAUAUUAUUGCUCCUCCUCCUCCUCCUCGCCCUCGUCCUAAUCCUCAUCUACAGAUUAAGCAUAAGAGCAUCGCGGUUACUAAGAAUGAAAUAAUAAGACCUCAACCUCGGAACUUCUCAAACGUUAAGAAGAAUAAUUCUCAUUGGUGCAACAACAAAAGUAUGAUCACAAACACAUUAGACAAAGACAACAAACGUUGCAAGGAAAUCGUAGUAAAUAUUUCUGAGAAGCCAACAGGAGAAAAUACAUCGUCGAUAGACGAUGGAGUUCAAUGGUGGACAAAUUUACUGGAAAAUUGCAAUGAAAUUGAAGAAGUAGCUGUUACAAAUUUUGAAAAAACACCAACAAUGUUGUUACAUGAGGAAAUAUCACCACCGUUAAUUAAUGGUGAAGGCAACUCCAUGCAACAAGGACAAAGUCAUGAUUGGGAUGACUUUUCAACUGAUAUUGACUUAUGGAGUCUACUUAAUUAAAUAGUAAUUUCUUUUUUAUUUUUCGUAAUGUCCUGUACUUAUAUUAGAGUCUAAGUGAAUUCAGAUUCGCGCGACUCCGUAUCUAUGGGGACUCAAACCCAACACCUCUGAUUAAGAAUGAAGGAGUACUUAUUACUCCGACAUAUCCCUGAUUGGUAUUAAAGAAAUAUGUAAUGGCAAUUAAUAUUAUUGUAAACUUGUAAUAGGGAUACAAUCGUCCUUUGUACUUUAUAUCCUAAUUACAAGUUGUUAGGAAUGUAAUUUUAA